AUGAUAAACGUUUACUCAUUCGAAGAUCCUCAUAAAAUAUUACACACGGAUGGAAAACUUGGACAACAAGUUUUCACACUACAAAUGUCUAUAGUCAGUAAAACCGCGAAAAAAGUUGAACGAGCAACAAGUAUUCCACAGGUGUCUGAACCCCUCUUCCUCGAGCCCCCGCCCCCGCCACCCCCGCGCCGUCCCGUCACCCCCUCCCUCCCCCUCGUCACCAUUAAGCCUCCAAGUAAUCACACAAGACACCGAGUCGAGAUUGAUCUAUUUGAAAUUGUCUGA